GUUCCGCCAGCCUCAGUGGUCUUUUCCCAAUCAUCACGACACCAAGUUGGGUUCAUUACUAUGUCGCAACAUAGAGCAACCAGUUCUUCGAGAUGAGGCCUUCCUGUCUGGCCCAAGGCCGGCUCUCGCUUCUCCGGAUUCGAGGAUCGAUCCUCCAGUUGCCAACAACGCCAUGGGCAGCAACGAGCACUGCAGCGAGCAGGUCGAGCACAAGUCCAAAGCCCAUUCUCCCCUGCUUUCGGACCGGUCGGAAAGGCCAAAUAAGAAGCCAUACAAGCACCCAGUGGCAAAACGAACGGCAGAAGAAGUGGCCAAAGCGGUGGGAAGAGAAAGAGCAGAAGUCGGGAGAGCCCUCGGGAGAAAAGCCGGGGCAGACGUCCGGUCAGAGGCGGCAUGGUUCCCAAAGGCAGGAGCAGGGUUGGCAGUGGAACACGCCGCCUCACCAAGGACGAGUGCCCCUACUGGCAGCAGCGCAUGCCACGGGCGCCCUAGGGACGGCAGCCUUCGUCAAGCUCUCCGAGAACGAGGAGGCUUCAGGGGACACCGGCGAGCAGCGGAUGCUGCAGGCAUCCCGAAAGGAGAUCGCCAAGAAGGUUGAUGACGACGACCGAGGCGUGUCACGGCUCCGCCACAAGGUUGUCUUGUUCCUUGAUCUCUAUGUCUGGGAGCCGCUUUGCACUGGGUUCCGGUUCCUCCACCUUGCCCUCAUCUUUGUGCCAGUCAUCCUUGCUGUUCCGGCAAUAUGGAUCGGCGGAAGGCAGAAAGACCGUAAUGGCGAACGGUCCGGUACACUUUGGUGGUAUGGUUUCCUGGUGACGGGCAUGGAAUGGGCUGGUCCAGCUUUCAUCAAGCUGGGUCAAUGGGCCGCCUCUCGAUCUGAUAUCUUCCCGACUGAGCUGUGUGAGAUCAUGUCAAAACUACACUCAGAUGCCCCAGCUCACUCCAUGCAUGCAACAAAGCGCAUAGUGCGGGCUGCUUUUGGAGACCGAACGUUCGAGGAGAUCUUUGACGAAUUCGAUGAGAGGCCGCUCGGCGUCGGGGCCAUUGCUCAAGUGUACAAGGCUAAGCUCAAGCCUGACUUGGCAGGCCCCGGAGACCCUGAUCUAAUCGAUGACCAACCUGGUGGAACAAUCCGGAAGAACGUUACGAAGAACGUUGGCACCGUCCUCAAGAGUACGCCGAAAAGAGUCCCUUCCUCAUAUGUUGCUGUCAAAGUCCUGCAUCCUGGGGUCGAGCGCACUGUACGCCGUGACUUGCGCAUUAUGAAAGCUAUUGCGUCGGUUCUCAAUCUCAUCCCCACGAUAGAAUGGCUCUCUCUGCCUGACGAGGUUGAGCAAUUUGGUGAGAUGAUGAAGCUGCAGCUCGAUAUGCGCAUUGAAGCUGCGAACCUCACUAUCUUCCGCAAGAACUUCAGGAAUCGCACUACAGCUUGGUUCCCCUUCCCGUACACCGAGUUCACGACAAGGAACGUCUUGAUAGAGGAAUUCGCCCACGGCAUGCCACUAGCUGACUUCCUGGAGAAUGGAGGCGGUGUAUUCCAACGAGAUAUUGCCUCGGAGGGACUUGACGCCUUCCUCCGCAUGUUACUGCUUGACAACUUCAUCCAUGCCGACUUGCAUCCUGGAAAUAUAAUGGUCCGUUUCUAUGAGGCCGAACAGCCCGAACUGCCCUUGAAGCUCCGCCUUCGCCGUCAGGAUGGAGAGGAUCAGACAAUACCAUCGGAGCAGAACGACGUGACGGAAAAGGUGCUAGCCAGGCUUCGCCCCCUUCGUCACCGGAAGGACUCUAAAGCGUGGAAUGCCGAACUAGAGAAAAUCGACCGGGAAGGCUACCGUCCGCAGCUGAUUUUCAUCGACACAGGCCUGGUCACUGAGCUGAAUGAAACGAAUCGCAAGAACUUCCUCGAUCUUUUCCGUGCUGUCGCGGAGUUUGAUGGCUACAAGGCUGGGAAUCUCAUGUGCGAGAGGUGCCGUCAGCCCGAUGCUGUGAUAGACAAGGAAGUUUUUGCGCUCAAAAUGCAACACUUGGUCCUCGGAGUCAAGAGCCAGACCCUGGCUCUGGGCAACCUGAAGAUCGGAGACAUUUUAGAGAAGGUCCUCGACAUGGUUCGGAGCCAUCACGUCCGUCUCGAAGGCGACUUCGUCAAUGUUGUCAUCAGCAUCUUCCUCCUCGAGGGCAUCGGGCGCACCUUGGAUCCCAACACAGAUCUCCUGAGUAGCAGCUUGCCUAUUUUGCGCCAACUGAGCACGCAACAGGGCAAGGACAUGGCCAAGGGAGGCGACUUCAGCAUGCUCAUUCUAUGGAUGGGCCUGGAGACCAGGAGGUUCCUUCAGAUAAGUAUUGACGAUGUCGAACGAUGUGUAAAAUAUGACCUCCUCUCACCCAACGUUUAGACAGCGCGGCACCUGCAUCGGCAGUGUAUAGGAGACAGGCGGGCACAGUGGCAUCUGGAGUUUUCCGCGUAUCACAGCAUCAACGCAUUUCAUGAAGAAACACACAGUAGACUAGAUCCGAACCCACGCAGCCCGCACGGCGUGCACAUAAAAAGAGCAGCAGACAACCUCGGAAUUAGACAUACCGGAGGUCUUCUAAGUCUUCUAGAUUGACUAAUCUUAACCCGAAUUAGCCA